CAUGACGCAGCGGCACUGCGGGACGCGUGCGCUGGGGGUUUAAGUAUUGUCGAGAGCUUGGCCUAAGACCUCACCACCAUCUUCGCUGCCUGCCUUCAGGGCAUCUCGCCGCCCAAAUAUCAAUCGCCGCCACACUAAAAACACCGCAAAUACAGCUGCCACGAACCCAGCUUGCUUCAGUUCAUCUUCCGGCCUUGGCCAUGGCAACUCCCUCGGGAGCCGAUGCCUGUGGCGACGGCUGGUUUGGGCCGAGCGUCGUCGUGUCACCAGACUGCCGGGGAGGCUUCGACUUCACGGAGCUCUUUGAAGCAAGCAUUCUCAAUGUCGCCCCUGCUGCCGUCUUUCUUCUCCUGGCGCUCGUCCGCGCCAUCCAGCUUGUGAAAAAAACCCCAAAAGUGACGUCAUCGCCGAUUCUCGUCGCCAAGCUUAUUGUUGCGGCCAUUUUUGCUGGCAUUGAGCUUGCGCUCUUGACCCUCGUCGCAACACGGCCUAACGCUGGUGGCCGCGUUUCAGUCGCCGGUGCUGUGCUCGGCUUCGUCGCGGCUUUGGGCGUCAGUGUCCUCACCUACAUCGAGCACAUCAAAUCCAUCCGUCCGUCCUUUUUAGUGUCAUUGUACCUUGGCGUGACUGUGCUGCUCAACGUCGCGACUGUGCGGACGGCUUGGCUGGCCCCCGAUACCAGAGCGUACUCGGCCUGCCUCACCGCUUCCGUUGCCGUCAAGCUGCUGCUGCUGGGUCUCGAGACGGUCGAGAAGCGCAGAUGGCUUGUCCCCGGUGAGAAGUCAAAGUCUAGGGAGAGCACCAGCGGGCCCUUCAGCCGGGGCAUCUUCGCCUGGCUGAAUGGCGUCUUGACAAAAGGCUACUCGGCACUGCUGGCCCCACACACCCUACCUGCUGUGCACGAGAAGCUCGAGUCGGCCGACUUGGCUGACAGAUUCGGCCGUGCCUGGGACAGAUGCACCCAGAGCCACAAGUAUGCCUUGCUGUUUGCCAUUGUCAAGUGCUUGCGCUGGGAAAUUGCCAACAUUGCCUUUCCCAGGCUCUGCCUCGUGGGGCUAAGCAUCGCCCAACCCUUCUUGAUCGGGAGGACUGUCAGCGUGUUGCAACUCAGUGAUGAGCUGUCCCUCAACAUGAGCUAUGGCUUGGUCGGGGCCACCGCUAUCGUCUUUAUUGGAGCUGCAAUCGCAACUUCAGCGUACGAACACUUGGGCUUCCGCACAACCACGAUGCUCCGUGGCGGACUGAUGGCCGUAGUCUACCAGAAGAUGAUGGCACUGCCGCUGGGCACCACGAGCGAAUCGAGCGCAAUGUCUUUGAUGGGGUCCGACAUCGAAGCUCUCGCCGACUACUUCCACGCCACCGUAUGCGACACGUGGGCAAAUGCCUUCCAGCUCGGACUCGCUGUUUGGCUGUUGCAGGCCCAAAUGGGGGCGGUGUGCAUCGCACCAAUCUUGGUUGCCAUUGGCUUCAUUGCCGGGUCAUUCGCCAUGGGAGGCGCAUUGUCAUCCAGGCAGAGCAAGUGGCUUGACGCAACAGAAAAGCGAGUCAACUUCACGACCGAGAUUCUCGGGGCCAUGAAGAACGUCAAACUGCUCGGCCUUACCGAGGCCAUGACUGCCAUGAUCGAGGCGUCGCGAGUUGAAGAACUGAGAGUCUCCAAAAAGUACCGCCAGAUGCAGACACUCCGCGUAUGCAUUGUCAACCUACCCCUUAUCGUGGGCCAGUUCGUGGCAUUUGCGGCCUACGCCAUUGUUGCCAAGAUUCAGGGCUCCAGCAACCUCUCGGUUACACAAGCCAUCACAUCGCUGUCGCUCAUCAACCUGCUCCUGCUUCCACUCCGAGAUCUGCUCUUUGCAAUCCCCGACACGUUUUCUGCAAUUGGCUGUCUACAACGGAUACAGGAGUUUCUGAGGCUGGAGCUAAGACACGAAAGUCGCCAGCUCAGUCUUGCAGCCCCAGCCUCCAGCGGGCGGGCCUCUUCAGCCGGGCAUGGCUCGAGCGUCGAGCUGUCACGUUUUGUUUCAUCCCAUGACCCCGUACCCAAAGACGAAACUAUCGUGUCCCUAACUAACGCCAAGUUCGGCUGGAAGGCCGCUGAAGAGACCAACACCCAACACAGCACGGCCGGGCUCACGCUAAGCCUCCCGGCCUCACCCACUGGCACCCUCGUUAUGGUCGUCGGCCCCGUCGGCAGCGGCAAAACGACCUUUCUGAAAGGUCUCGCUGGCGAGACGCUGGUGGCAUCGGGCGAGACAUACAUCAGAUACCCGGACAUGGCGUUCUGUGAGCAGACGCCGUGGCUAUCCAACGAGUCGGUGCGCGACAAUAUUGUGGGCGAGACGCGCGCCGGCACGCUCGGCUUCGACGCUGAGUGGUAUCGCACAGUUAUAAAAGCGUGUGCGCUUAGCUGCGACUUCGAAAGGAUGGCGCCGGCGGGCGACGCCACGCUCGUAGGCAGCAAGGGCGUGAAGUUGAGUGGCGGCCAGAAGCAGCGGAUUUCUAUUGCACGCGCCGUGUACUCGCGCAAGCGUAUUGCUUGCUUUGACGAUGUCCUAAGCGGGCUGGACAGUGCUACUGCGCAGGCGGUUUUCUCCGGUGUCUUUGGGCCGGGCGGCCUGCUGCGCAAGAUGGGGUGCACGGUAUUUCUGGCUACGCACAGCGUGCAUCACCUACCCGACGCGGACCACAUCAUCGUAUUUAGUGACAAUAGCCAGGCCAUUGAGCAGGGAAGUUUUGGUCAGCUACGAUUGAAGGCCGGCGGCUAUGUGCAAAGUCUAGAUAUCUGGGAUCGGCCAGAUGUUGACGCGGCUGGCGGACCAGCACGGGAAGACGCCUUACCCAGCGGCGCUGCAAAGUCGGACUCGUCAACCGAAAACACGGUUUCUCUGGAGGUGGAGCCCGCCGAAGACGACAUGAGCCGUCAGACAACUGACUUUGCAGUGUACAAGUACUACUUCCGGGCCUUAGGCUGGGUGAGAGUCUCGACGCUGGCGGCAUGGCUGGUCUUGAAUACCGGGGCGGGAACAGCUCGCUACAUUUGGCUCAAUCUCUGGUCAUCCAGCCCGGACAGCGCAUCGUCAUUGCGGCUCGGGUACUGGAUCGGCAUGUUCGCGACCCUCUCGGUGCUUGAGUGCCUGGGCAUUAUAAUGGCUACCUUUUGGGUGUGGGUUAUCGUUGUACCAGCCGCGUCAAAGAACUUGCAUGCUGUCGUGCUACGGGCGUGCAUGAGUGCACCCAUGUCGUUCCUUUCCAACGUGGAAACCGGCCUCCUUGUGAACCGCUUCAGCCAAGACAUGAGAUUGGUCGACAUGGUCCUUCCCCGUGGCUUUGUCACCACCGCCUUCCAGGUCUUUGGGGCGAUGGGAGAGCUGGCCAUCGCUGUUGUGGCUAUUCCGUAUCUGGCUGCGACACUGCCGGUCAUCCUCGGCUUGCUAGUCUUGGUCCAGCGGUUCUACCUACGCACCUCUCGCCAGUUGCGUCUGCUCGAGAUCGAACUCAAGGCCCCCCUUUACACCCACUUUAUUCAGUCUCUCAACGGGCUCGCCACAAUCCGUGCCUUCACCUGGACUCGGCCCUAUACCGUCAAGACGCUGCGGCUCCUCGACACAGCUCAGAAGCCGUAUUACCUCCUGCUCUGCAUCCAGCGCUGGCUUGGACUGGUGCUCAACCUCAUCGUGGCCGGGCUGACCAUCCUCAUGACGGGGAUGGCUGUCGGUCUGCGUGGCCGUAUCGACCCGGGUCUGCUAGGUAUUGCGCUUGUCGUUAUGACGACUCUAGGCCAAACUUUGUCCCAGCUUAUCCAGAGCUGGACCAUGCUCGAGACUUCGCUGGGUGCUGUUGCCCGAAUCAGAAACUUUGUCACCGACACCCCGAGUGAAGUCGGUAAGCCAGGCAAUGGCGAAGAUGAUGACAAGGCGGCGGCGGACAGCUGGCCCAGCCACGGCGAGAUCGAAUUCAAGAACGUCACAAUUUCGUAUGCCGUCGGCCAGGACGCGAAGCCCGUGUUGCGCGACAUUAGUUUGACCAUUCAGCCAGGAGAGAAGAUCGGGCUGUGCGGGAGGACAGGGAGCGGCAAGAGCUCUCUUGUGCUCGCGCUUUUGCGGCUCAACGAGCUGGUCUCGGGCCACAUCACCAUCGACGGGUUGGACAUUUCAACGGUGGCGCGCCCGCUGAUCCGGCAGCGCAUCAGCUGCCUUAGUCAGGAGCCGUUCAUCUUCCCAGCGUCAAUCCGCAAGAAUGCAGACCCCGUGGGCGCUAGCUGCUCCGACGCCGAGAUCGUCGCGGCUCUCAAGCGCGUCGGCGUGUGGGACUCUAUUGUCUUUGCCACUGGGGCGAUGGUAGAAGCUGGUGGCAAUGGUGAUGUCGUGGCUCGAGUUUUGGAUGCCCCGUUGGAGGAGAGCACGUUGUCGCACGGCCAACGACAACUCUUCUGCCUCGCGCGGGCGUUGCUGAAACGCAGCCGCAUCCUCAUCCUCGACGAGCCGACAAGCAGCCUCGACGCGCAGACCGACGGCAAGAUCCAGAGCGUCAUCCGCACGGCCUUUGCCGGCUGCGUCGUCAUCAUGGUCGCCCACAGGAUGCACACGCUGCUCGACUUUGACCGCGUCGCUGUUGUUGACAGCGGGCGCAUCAUCGAGCUAGGCGCGCCGCGCGAGUUGCUCGCCAGGGAAGGGGGGGCAUUUGCCAGGCUGUCCAACAUUAUUAACAGGGGUAAAGACGAUGGAGACGGCAGAUGAUGAUGUACUGCAGAUCAAAGUCGGGCGGUUCAUGCGUGUUCUGAGACCAUUUGGAUAUCAAGUUGAUUUACACCCGUAAAAGAGAGUAGACGUGGUGACCCAAUAAGGAAAUCGCCCUACAACGAAAUCUCUGCCCCUGUCAUCUAAUUUCCCACCCUACAACUUCAAAACACACAACUUCAUCAAAUCAAGCCCAAAUUGCUUCAA